AUGGAGGUUUGUGAAGAGGUACAAUUCGAAGGAUGUAAUUUUAUGCGGCAACAUUUGACUUAUUCCAUUCUGAGUGGACGACCGGUGACCAUCAAAAAAAUUCGGUCGAUGAACGAUGAGCCGGGCAUUAAAGGUAGCAAUAUGGAUGGUAUAUGUGACGUAGCGAUAUUAGUUGAGAUUAUGAGAAGUUUUGUUGCAGAUUUUGAAACGAAACUGUUAUCGAUGUUCGAAAAAAUCACGAAUGGAACACGGAUUGAGAUCAGUCAAACAGGUACACAAAUUCACUUCGUGCCGGGUAUGAUACAAGGUGGAUCGGUUUCGAUGGACUGUGGUACGGAACGAUGCUUGAGUUAUUUCUUGGAACCAUUACUCAUGUUAGCGCCCUUCUGCAAACGACCAUUGAGCGCACGUUUGACCGGUGUUACAAACGCACCCGAUGAAUUGAGUGUAGAUGCUGUUCGAAGUACCUGGUUACCGGUAUUCAAGAAAUUCGUACUGAAUGAUGAGCAGUUAGAUAUCAAGAUUGUUAAUCGUGGUUUGAAACCGAAUGGUGGCGGAAGUAUUGUUUUUACGGCACCUAUCGUGAGGACUUUACGACCUGUACAGUUCGAGAGUCCGGGCAAGGUGUGUAAGAUUCGUGGAAUGGCAUACGUAACAAAAGUUUCACCGUCGUUGGCACAUCGCAUGAUUGAAUCGGCCAAGCAGACAUUGCGAGGAUAUAUUGCCGAUGUUUAUAUAACGGUUGAUCAGCGCAAAGGGGAUGCGGGAGGAUUAUCGCCAGGUUAUGGGUUGUUUUUAACGGCCGAAACGACAGAAGGUGUGGUAUAUCAUGGGGAGUCGAUGUCGAAGCCGAAAGAUGAAGCUGGUACUCCGUUGAUGGCAGAAGAUGUGGGGCAUUUAGCGGCGUCGCAAUUACUCGAUCAGAUUUAUUUGGGCGGUUGUGUGGAUGGGUCAGCGCAAGCAUUAGCCGUAACAUUCAUGACGUUGUGCGAGAAGGAUGUUAAUAAGUACCUGUUUGGUCCAUUGACAACUUAUUGGUUGGCUUCGUUUUGUUUUGAUCAAUCGGAGAAGGAGAAGAGACUCGGAUCUGAGGAUAAGGCAAUGCUGACGUGUAUUGGGGUGGGGUAUAGUAAUCUUAAUAAGAUUGUUUUGUAG